AUGUUCAAUCACAAGCUGCCGGCCGACUUUCCAAUGCAAACCCUCCGCAAGAAGACCAGCCCUUGCAAAUACAAGAACGAGCCUGGCCGCUUCCUCGGCGAGGGGGUCUCGUUCCGGGCGAAGCUGAUCGGGGUGCUGGAGGUGCCCGAGGCCCGGGGGGACCGCAUGUGCCAGGAGGCGCUGGCCGACCUCAAGAUGGCCAUACGGGCGGCCGGCGAGCACAAGCAGCGGAUCCAGGUGCACGUGGCCAUCGACGGGCUCCGGCUGCGCGACGACAAGACCGGGGACUCCUUGUACCACCACCCGGUGCACAAGAUAUCGUUCAUCGCGCAGGACAUGACCGAUUCCAGGGCGUUUGGUUACAUCUUCGGCUCCCCGGACACGGGGCACCGUUUCUUCGGCAUCAAGACCGACAAAGCGGCCAGUCAAGUGGUGAUAGCGAUGCGGGACCUGUUCCAAGUGGUGUUCGAGCUGAAGAAGAAGGAAGUGGAGAUUGCGAAGCAGCAGCUCGAGGGGAAAACCGUCACGAACAGCCUCAUCCGCCACACCAGCACUGCCACAGAGACAAAGCCCAAGUUCUUUUUAAAUAUGUCCAAGAAGCGGCUGCUGCAAUCGACGAAAUUCUCGUUCUUUAAUAGAGAUAAGAGUCUAUCGUCGACCGAUACGGGCGCGAUAGCGAAGGGCUCCGAAAGCGGGGCUGAGGGAGGGGUAGCGGAGCUCGUUGACCUUGAACAGGAGCUAUGUUCGCUGAGGAGGGGUCUCACUCAAGUGGAGGGGCUGACGCCCUCUACAGACCCCUUCGGCGACUCGUUCCUGGCCCCUUCGCCGAAGAGUCUCCUCCCCCCUCCCCCCGGGGCGUCGGGCCGCGGCCGGGGUACCCCUGCCAGGGCCGCAUUCAGCCCCACCAAGCCGCCGGCGCUGCCGUUCGACCUGAGUGCGGUCGCCGGCGACUUCGAACCCAAGCCCGCCCCGCUGGUGGACAGUUUCACAGAGCCGCAGGUGACCCGGGCCGCGGCGUCCACGGCCCCGCCGCUCGAACGCGACGUAUUCACCGAACUAGACCCCCUCGGCACCGGCCGGAGUAGGCCGUACGUUGACAAGAAACUCUUCUUUCAGGAGCUCAAAAAUCCGCCAAAGAAAGUGCUCAAAGACCUCGUGCCGAGCGCGCGCACGCUACUAACCGAUAUAGGGCCGCCGGGGGCGGAGGGCUACGGGGCGGCGACCACGAUGACGUCACUCAGCCGCCACUCGGGCGGCUCCGUGGCGGUCGCAAAGCAGCCGCAGCCGCUCUUCGCGUCGGACCCCUUCGCGGAGACGGAUCCCUUUGAUAACACGGACCCGUUCUCGGACACGUUCAAGGACGACCCGUUCGCCAGUGUCCAGGAGCCGCAGCCGCUGGCGCGCUUCGAGGAGCCCACGAGGCCCAUAGAGCCGGACAGGCCGGAGGCGGCGCUGGUCGCCGAAGUAGCGAGGAAGGUGUUCAACGGGCCGCUCCAGGUCACCCUGCCGCCGGAGCCGUCGCCCAAAUCGCCCAGACUCCAGAGACAGAUGACGGACACGAGCGCGGUCCGCCAGCGGCCGCAGCCGAGCUCGAAGCUGGCAGGCGUUUCACCGCCGCCGCUGCCGCCGAAGAAGCCGGGCGAGGUGCCUUUGGUACUGGCGCUGGCGAGCUCGAAUUUCGACCACGACCGGAGCCUCGACCACGACCACGACCACGACCGCGACCUCCAGCCGGAGACGGACGAGGCAGCAGAAGCGGGGCCGCCGCUGCCACGCCCUGCGAGGAAAAGGGAACCCCUGGCGGACCGCAGCACCAAGCCGCGGCUCUCGUCGGCCGCCACCAACAGCAGCGAGGAGGAGUACCUGACGCCGGUGCCGCCGCCCCUGCCCGCAGCCCGCCGCUUCGACAUCACCCUCAGCCAGCUGCUCACCUGCACAAUGGAUGAGCUGGCGGCCAGACUCCGCGUGCCGGCUGCGACCCUUUCUUCUAUGACGCUACCACAAUUAACGGAGUACCUCAGGUCGUAUUUAGCGGCUGACAAUGAAAGGAUGCACAUUCACGUCGAUCCAAGCACGCGGGUGGAGAAGGAGAGGACCACCCCUACUAUCGCCCCACCCACUGAAAAGGGGCCGCUGUCACUCGCCUCGAUAACCGCCGACCUAAAACCCCAGUUAGGACCGCAGUUCGAGGACAACUUCGCGCCGGAGAGCGGCGACACGUUCGUGGCGGACUUCGAGGACUUCGAUAGGAAGGCGAACCCCUCCUACGACAGAUACGCGGUGUUCAGGGAGAUCCAGGCGCAGGAGCUCAAGGCGAGGUCCAUCCUCGACCCGGUGGAAACGAAGCCGACGGAGAACGAGGAGGGGCCAGGGGCGCCACGGGACCUGCUGCAGAGCAAAGAGCUGGAGAAGAAGGAGGCGCCGGCUCCGGUGCCCAGCCCGCUCAAAACGCUCGACGAGCUCACGCUCGACACGUUCAACAUGUUCCGCACCUCGGUCAGCCCCAAGCCAACGGUCGACGCGAAGAUAGAGGACAUGAAGACGGCCCUGACGAGCCUCCAGGUUGGCGACACCGCCAGGCGCAGCGUCUCCCCCAGAGAAGGCGAUGACUUCAGAGAGGAGAACGACAGGUACGCGGCAUUGAGGGAGAUAACGAUCACGGAGCCGCAGCAGGACGACUUCGAGUCCAUUCCGGCUGAGGUGGUGAAGGAGAGGAAGAAAUCCGACGAGAGGUCCGACGGCUUCGACAACUCGGACUUCUUCGACUGCAUAGACAACAGCUCGCUGUCCUUCGCCCACGUGGAGGACGCGUUCAGGAAGAGCCCGAUCGUGAAGGAGAAGGAGGACGAGAGGAGAGCGGAAGAGAAGAAGGAGUCGCCCCUGGAGACGAUGGCCGUGAGGGAGAUACAAGCUCCCGUCCGCCUCUCGGCUGGUUCCAUCAGCGACGUCGCCAGCGGAUCGUCCCCGGAGACUAAAGAGAAGGGUGCGGGAGUGCUCGGCGUGUCGUCGACGGCGGUGGGGGCCAUGGGAUCGAUGGGCUCGAUGGGGGCUAUGAGCUCGAUGGGGGCGAUGGGCUCAAUGGGGGCGUUGGGCUCAACGGGGGCGAUGGGCUCAAUGGGGGCGGCGGGCGCGGCCGGGGGCGCGGCGAGCGCGGGCCGAUGGGCGGUGCUCGGGGGCGCCGGCGUCUCGCCCUGGUCCUCGGACUCGCGCGAAUCGGAGCCCCACACGCGCACCCGCCGCCGCCACCACCACCACGAUUCACGCACCCACACCCACAUCGUACAAACUUCAUCGUCAUCGCGCGAUGUUUCCCCGUGGGAUGAGGAGCCUCCGCCUUCGACGCGCCUACAACGGCCCACGUCCCGUCACCGUGAGAGGGACUCCAGGCAAAACUCGUCAGGCUCAAGGGAGUGUAUGGAUUCGGGCAGCGGACGUGAAAUGGAAAAAGUCCGUGACAAGAGAGAAAGGACGAGAGAUAGAGAGAGAGAUAUAAGUAGAGAUAGCAGGGAGUCGGCUAGAGACAGGCGGGACUCUGGCAGCGGGAGGGACCGACGCGACGUCAGCAAAGAGAGGGACCAUAGAGAGCACAGGCGCGACCGUAGGAGUAGAGACAGAGAUUCCGACGCCUGGGACAGGACGAGGACUUACAGUAGAGAGAGAGAUUACAGGGACUCGCGCAGCAGGGAGAGACCUUCGAAGGACUAUAGAGAGAAAGAAAGAGACAGGCACAGAAAGGCCAGACAUUCUUACGACGAGGAUGAAGAG